AUGGAUGGUAACCCAGAUGUCUGGGAAGGCCUCUGCGGUAGCUGCAACGAAUGGAUCGCCCUGGUCAGUAGCAAGAAGAAGGGAACAACUUGGUUCAGGCACGCAUACAAGUGUCACACUCAUCCUAAGAUCAAGGAUGCUCCCAAGCGUCGCAGGGAGAGCACGACACGGACUCUGGCUGCACCGCUAACCCUGUCGAAGUCGACGGUUGACGUGCAACAACACCAGAUGCAGCAACAGCCUCUGACCCCACAGCAGGCGCAGGCGCCGCCUCAGCUCCAUUUGCAACUUCAACCCCAUCACCAGUACCCCCAUCAGCACCAGCAUCAGCCUCCUCUCACUCCCCAACAUCAAGUUCCACAGCCAAUGACUCCUGGUCUACCCGUCCACCCGAUAUCGGCCGGUCUGAUGCCCAUUCCCUCGCAAAGCCAGAUGCAGCUCCAAGGGCCUCCACAGAUGGCUCUUCAGCAUCUGGUGCCUCCCCAAGGCCAAUCCCUCAAACCAGCCAUCUGA